UAUUAGCCCAUAAUAUUAUGGAUACUAAUAAUAGUUAAUAGUAAUAGUAAUGUAGUUAAAAAGAGUACUGUAUAGUCAAUAUUAUUAAUUUAAUUUUAGGCUUAUGUCGUGAUAAUUUUAAAUUAAAGACAUGGCUGAUAUAGGAUGGGGAGCCCUGGAAGAUAGUGAAGGUUUUGGUGCAUUAGGAGAUAAUAUAGAUGAUUAUAAAUUGCUUUUUAAUAAUGACCUAAACGAGCUGAAAUCAACAGUUCAAAAUUUAAAACAUGCUGCGCACGGAAUGAUUUUUGCUAAGAAACCCAAUCUGCUUUGGGAUCUCUAUGAUCAAAAAGGAUAUGUCAUGGCGAGUACUAACAAUGUUUUAGUUUAAUCUAACGGGAAUAUGUCUGAAGUCUCUCCCCCCUCCAAAAAUCACAAGUAACAAAGACAAUUCAGGUAUUGUCAUCCAAUCAGAUCUGAAACUGAGAUGUCAGUGCUUUCAAACUUUCAUCAAUAACAAACACAGAUUCAUUAUAAGAUAAUGCAUAAGUCGUAAGGUCAGAUGGAUGAAUAAAUCAGAUAAUUGCAUUAGUAUUAGUGCAUGCAUAUUCAUAAAAUUAAUUCCAUUCAAAUUUAUUUUAAUUUUUAAUAAUUAAUACUGGUACUAGGAAAAAAAUUCUUUUCUGUAACCUUUUACUUUUGAAAACUUUUCUAUAAAUAACAAUAUAUAAAAUCAUUUUCAUUUAUUUUAUAUGAAGCUAUCUGGCUGUAAAUCACUGUAAUUGAGAAUUUAUUAAAUUAAGACUAUAAUUUGUAGUUUUGCUGGUUUUGUCACUGUUACAAAAUCAGCUAAACUACAAAGUUAUAUGUUUUUAUUUUGUAACUAUACUAUAUAGCUGAUAGAUCAAAUAGACCAGAGCUUGUUAACUUGGAUGCAACAGACAACUGUCCCACUACCUACUACUAGAUUAUUACAGGAACUUUGUCCCCCAAACUUUAACUUGGGGAGGCCUAUGUAAAAUUUUGUUGACUGUGACAGCCAAUCAUUUUGAGAGCUUGUUGACAAUAUAUUGGCUGGGGACAUAGAAGUCUUGGGCUCUCACCAAAAAAUAAAUUAGUAUUAGUUGAUAGAUCAGAAGAUGUGAUGAGAAAAAAAAGAAAACCCUUGUACUUGUAUUCAGUUGGGAAUUUAAAACAGUUCAAAGAUAUAAAUUUCUAUUACUGGUAUUAGUUGACAGUAUGACAGCUGUCAUAAAAUACAUUUGAUUAUGGACAAAAACAUUAUGUGAUUUUCUUUUUAUUGUUAUAUCAUUCUAUUAAUGAAACAGAUGCAAGUGAGAUUUGAUGGUCUCCUAGGGUUUCCUGGUGGUCUUGUGGAUGAUGGGGAAGAGCCAGUUGAUGGUAUUAAUCGUGAAAUGCAUGAAGAGAUUGGACUCGACCUUGAAAAAUAUUUCUUUAGUGAUGAACAUCAUAUCGCAUCAUAUUACCAUGCAGGGAAAGGAUUGAUUCUGCAUUUCUAUUUAAUGGAAGUCUCUCCAGAAGACUACUGUGAAUUAGAAUUGAAGACUUUAAGUGCAGUUGAAUAUGGAAUAGAGGUUAUUUGUUUUAUGUAUUAUUUGUUAAACUGUUUCUUCUAAAAUUUAAGCACCUGUAGUUUUAAAUACAGUUUAACAUAGUAUUCUUUUUUAAUUCUUUUUGUCAUAGUCAUUACUGUUAACUCUUCUCUUCAAUAAAUAGUUAUCACAUUUCCCAAUAUUUUUCCUUAUUCAUAAAUAAAUGCAGAAAACCUAUCUCUCUUUUUUUUCCCCAGACUUGUGGGAUAGUUCGAGUACCUUUGUUCACAAUGGGGGAUGGGGUCAGGGGAUUUCCUGCUUAUUUAGCUAACCAGUUUGCUGGCAAUGCAAGAUCCGAGCUAAUUAAAGGUUUGUUGGCUGCCCAACUGUUCAGUGAAAAAGAGAUGUCAGUAGCCCUCAAGGCAUAUAAAGAAUACACAGAGAGUCAAAAAAGCAAAAAGCUGUUAUAAUUAUAGUGGUGAAAAUAUAUUCAAAUUUAUUUGUAUGAAUACAUAUUUUUUAUAUGUUACUAUAAGGAUAAUUGCAAGUUUGGUAUACUUCAGUUAUCCGGUAUUUGAUAACACAAUAUAAAAUUAUAACAACAUUCCAAAUCUCAUGUGCAUUACUUUCAAAUAUUGUAAUGUAUGAUAAAUGAUAUAUUACAUUAUAUUUUAUUUAUGAUUAUGCUUUUUAUUUUUAAAGAAAAAAAUAGAAAAUUGAAAUUUUGUUAUUUCACAUAAUGUUUUCAAAAGUGGUUUUUCAACUUGGUUGUUAUGUACCCAACUUUUAUUACCUUAGCCUUAGUUCAGCUUUAAUUUUACAAGUGGCUUUUUAAGUGAUAGUAAAAAAAAAAUGUAACAUGUUACAGUAUAAUGAAUUCAAUAUCACAUUUUUAAAAGGGAUUUUGAUCUGAAUAUCUUUCUUAGUGCCAAAUAUUUCUUAACAUUUUUUUAAUAAAUUUAAAUUUAAGCUAUCAGUACCUAAAGUUUCACAUUAAAUGUUAAAUAUCAUAGAAGAAUUGGGGGAGGAGAGUGUUAUUUCACUUGUACAUAGAGGGUGAAGUGUUUGUCAAAAAAUGUAUAUACUAAGAUAGCAACUGAAGGGAGGUGGAUAUGAGAGUAGAAAUUUGUUUGCUUACUUACAAUGUUUAGUUGGUUGAUUUGCAUGGAAUGUUGCUUUGAUUUUUGCAGCAAUGACAAAAAAGAUGAUCAUGUUAACCUAGCAUUAUAAUUAUAUUGAUGCUGUGCUGCUAAAUAAAGCAUUGGUCUACUAUUCAUUUUACAUUUUAAUUAGGAAGUGAGUUUAAGAAUUGUUGCAACUUUUUUCUUUAUUAGUUACUAGUACUAGUGUUUAUUUACAUGUAACUUGAGUAGGUAAUAUAAAUAUUUGAGGGUCUUAACUAUUUAAAAUUUAUGAAAUAAUUAUGUAACGGUAAUAAUUAAUAAAAGUUUAAAACAAU